CACGUUUGACGUUGUUGGACUCUGGACCUCACCGGCGGGGAAGUUAGCAAACCAGAGAAACACAGUUUUCACCAGAAUACUGCGGUUUAUUCAGGUCAGAGAUGGCUCUCACACAAGUGUCCUCCAACAAGUGUGCUGGUGGCUUCCAGAAGGUCUUUGAACAUGACAGCACUGAGCUCAAGUGUAAGAUGAAGUUUGCGGUGUACCUGCCUCCGAAGGCUGAGAGCGGCAAAUGUCCCGUCAUGUUCUGGCUGUCUGGUCUGACGUGUACAGAGCAGAACUUCAUCACGAAAGCUGGCAGUCAGCUUCCUGCUGCAGAGCACGGCAUCAUCAUCGUCGCCCCGGACACCAGCCCACGCGGCUGCAACAUCGAGGGCGAGGAUGAGAGCUGGGACUUCGGCACCGGAGCCGGUUUCUACGUGGACUCCACGCAGGACCCCUGGAAGACCAACUACCGCAUGUACUCCUACGUCACCGAGGAGCUUCCCAAACUGAUCAACGCUAACUUCCCCACCGACCCGGACAGGAUGUCCAUCAGCGGCCACUCCAUGGGCGGCCACGGGGCGCUCAUCUGCGCCCUGAAGAACCCUGGGAAAUACAAGGCUGUGUCUGCGUUCGCUCCCAUCUGUAACCCUCUGCAGUGUCCCUGGGGACAGAAGGCCUUCUCAGGGUACCUGGGCUCCGACCGGUCCACGUGGGAGGCGUACGACGCCACGGCGUUGGCAGCGUCGUACUCCGGCCCUCAGCUCGACAUCCUCAUCGAUCAGGGCCGCGACGACCAGUUCCUGUCGGCCAGCCAGCUGCUGCCCGACAACCUGAUCGCCGUCUGCUCCGAGAAGAAAAUCCCCGUCGUCUUCAGACUGCAGCCGGGCUACGACCACAGCUACUUCUUCAUCUACUCCUUCAUGCACGACCACGUCAAGCAUCACGCCAAGUACCUGAACGCCUGAAGUGCCAGCAGAGAACGAAGCUCCGCUGCGUCGUCACAGCCUCUUCUGACGACUAUAAGAUUAAUCCUGUUUCCUGGUAACUCUGUCAUAAAAUAAGUCGACUUCAGAUCAGAGCUAAAACUUCUCCUUUAACACUUGUUUUGGCUGGUUGGGUCAGAGGCACAGUUGUCAGACAGUAUUUGUUAAAUAUCAGAUGAAAUGUUGACUUCCUGUUGUGGCCGACUUUUCAGAAUAAAAGCCUCAGUGGUU